CGCAACCAGGCUUUACUUUCCAUACUUGCAAAGAACUUCAACAUUCUUUGUUACUGUUGCCGACGAUAGAACACCAUCGUUAAGCUGUCAUCACCAUGACGAAAUCCAGCCAGCUCCUGAGGAAAGUCCGCGACGGGGACGGGGAGAAUUACUCCCGACCAAACAUGAACCCGGACCUGGACCAGUCGUUCUCGUUUCGGGCCAAGACUAGUAACAACGUCUUCAACCUGGUGCUCACGGCCAGCACGUUCUUCGUCGUUCCGUUGAUGGUGUACGUGGGCGCUGUAUACAUACCCAUUGAGAUCCCGCCACUGCACGGCGUGACCGGCCGGCUGGUGUUCGCACUGAGGUGCCAAGGUGUGGCUAUCAUCCCCUUUGCUCUUGGCAUUCUGUACUUACUGAUUGGGCGCAUGCGCGGCAAGGAACCCCAAGACCUGGAUAACACCGAGCAUUACGUGCGCCACUCCUUGGAGCAAUACAUCAUGCUUCUCGUGAACACCAUCGUCAUGGCAACCUACAUCCCGGAGGAUUACAUUAAAAUGAUACCCGUCUUCAUUGGUAUCUGGGUAAUCGGACGUUUUGUCUACUGGGUUUCUUAUACUCUGCGUCCAAUGUACCGUGGCUUCGCUCUGGGCAUCGGCAUGCUGCCCAACCUGGGCAUGAUGGCUUACAACCUCUUUGCCAUGUUCGAUUCUGGGUUCACCCACAACGUGUCUUUGUUCGAAUAGCCCGGUAUACCCCCGGAUUAUAUUGGGCCGCUUGACAGAACAGAUUUACAAGGACAGGUUCGUUUUGCUCAAAAGCUCAUGCAGCCGACAAACUAUGUUUAGCUAGUGGUGUUUUUCCUGAUGCAAAGGCGUAUUUUGUCAAAUUUGCUAGCUCAGCAGCUUCAUGCUGUGGAUUUAUGUUCCGUGACAAAGGUAAGCUUAACUGCUUGUUUUAGUUAUAAUUUGUAGUGACCGUCGCUUUUCUUUCUGUGCCAAAGUAGAAUGAAAGCAUAGAGUAAGAAACAUUACUUAAAUUAUGCAUAAUCAGGAACAACUUGAAAGUUGUAUUACGGAUGUCCUUAGGAGUUAAAUCUCUGUUGCUUACAUUUUAUGUAAAAAAAAUACACACCAUGCCGCUCCCUUCGCAAGGAAGAAUGCCGCCCGUCCUGGCUUGCAGUAAGGUCUGGAUAUUUCACAAUGUUUUAGAAACAAGGUUCCAAAAUUGCCUACACUCCGUGGAAUCUUACCGAUAAAAAGCCGGAAUUUUAUUUUGACUGUCUCCCUGUUGUAUGAAGUUUCCUACGAGAGACAAAAUCUGAUUAUAAUUCGGGCAUCCCUCGCACGAUUCAUUCGUUAAAAACCAAUAUAUCCUUAUUCCUUCAAACCUUUCAGCGCAGAACUUAGGUGAAGUUCAGGUGGUAAGUCUUAUUCUGUGAUUUAUUCUCGUGUUGGAAUUUGAACCACUGGAUUUAAUAUUGUAGUCUAUCCACCAAGCCUUGCCGAUGGCACCCAGUUUAUUAUCGUUUUGCCGCCACUGACCCGGAGGUCGAAGCGAGUCAUGUACAUUUUUCAAAGCAGUAGGAUUUACGCUAUUUUUUUAAUCAGAAGUUGUGCAGGCUCUCUCUGGGUGAUGUGACCAGCACGUGUUUACCUUAAUUGAAUAUCAUGUAAGUAAUUUAAUGCGAUGGUUGUGACAAAUGAAUAAAUGGUUUCAUGCAACUGA